UAAAGGGGCGCACCCGCGGGUCGCGGACCGUCCGGCUGUCCCCGCCCCCUUCCGUCCGAUCCUGGCUGUCCCGCGGCUGCGCCGGCCCUGCCGCCCGAGGGACAAAGCAACGCCGCCGCCGCCGCCGCCAAGCGGGUCCCGGACCGCGGUCGGGCCGACCCCCGGCCCCGCGCCUCCGCGGCCGCCGCCGCCCUAGGCCUGCGCGUCUGGGGACUUAGCCUCUCCACGGCUCACUUUUCCUCCUCUGGGAAGGCGUGGGGGCUGGGGACUGUUGAGAGGCCCAGGAGGCACCUGUGGGAAUCUGCACACCUGCGACAUGCCAGGCACGGACUUCAGCCAGAAGCUCCGCCCCAGAGCAGGCGACCGUGACCCAGAAGCUGAGGACCAGAGAGGCCGGGAGCUUGUCGGGGACACCCAGCCCAGACCCCGCACGGGUGGCGUUUGACCUCAGAGCAGAGCGAGCCGGCCAGGAGCUGGGGACGCCAGCGCUGCCUGAGAGCGCACGGAGGACGCGGCGGGCAGACACUGCGCCUGGCGGCAGGGACCCUGACCGCCCGCUGUCCUGUGUCCCUCGUGCCUGGCACACACAGCAGGCGCUCACCGCCCUGUUUCACGCAUGGACAGCCGGAGGCCUCGUCAUGACCUCAGAGCUGGGAGCCGGCGGGGACCACGGAAGGCGGCCAGGCACGGUGGCGCAGGCCUGGGUUUGAGUGUCGGCGCUGCUCGGCUUGCCUUGGGAGCCGGGCGAGUGGCUGACUGCUGCGUGCCUCGGUUUCCCCGUCUGUGAAGUGGGAGUGAGGAGAGGUUUGUGGGAGAUUAAACGCGGCACUAGAGAAUGUUGGCAGGUGGGGGCCGUCUCGGCAGCAGCUCAGGGAGGCUGGCUCGGGGGCGCCCGGCCUGGCCCGGGUUCCAGUCGCAUCUCAGCUCCUUGGGAGCCCAGCGAGCCUCCGUUUCCGCUGAGACCCGGGGGUCGGGGUGAGCCCCGCCGCGGCCUGGCGCCAUGAAGCUGAAUGAACGCAGCCUGGCCUUCUACGCUACGUGCGACGCGCCGGUGGACCACGCGGGCUUUCUGCGCAAGCAGGGCGCCGGCCGGCCGGCCGCCUCGCACCGCCGCUGGUUCGUGCUGCGGGGCAACCUGCUCUUCUACUUCGAGGAGCCGGCGGCGCGCCAGCCGCUCGGCGUCGUGGUGCUGGAGGGCUGCACGGUGGAGCUGGCCGACGCCGCCCAGGACUUCGCCUUCGCCGUGCGCUUCGCCGGCGCCCGGGCCCGCACCUACGUGCUGGCCGCGGACAGCCAGGCCGCCAUGGAGGGCUGGGUGAAGGCCCUGUCGCGAGCCAGCUUCGACUACCUGCGCCUGGUGGUGCGGGAGCUGGAGCAGCAGCUGGCGGCCAUGCAGGCGGGGGGCUGCCCGGCCCCGCCGCGCCGGCCCAAGGAGAACGGCUGUGCUGUGUGGAGCAUUGAGGCCACCCCCGCCUGUGCCGCGGCCGGGCCCGGGCUCCCGCCCCCGCCCCCGCGCCGGAGGGCCUCGCCGCCACACGGGCCUCUGGACGGGGUGCCCUUCGCGCAGCUGCACGAGUGGUACGGGCAGGAGAUCCAGGCGCUGAGGGGCCAGUGGCUCAGCAGCCGCGCCCAGCCCUGAGGUCCCAGAGCUCCUGCUUCUGCCACGCCGUGGUCAAGGCCAGCCCCGAGGGCCGCUGCUGGACUCUGGGGGACUCGGCCCAGCCCAGCUGCGGGGGCGGGGGGCAGUGUGUGCCCGUCCUAAGGAGAAGCCCAGGCCCCAGACCCGGCCAAGGCAGCAGCUGGGGCCUGACCGGCCCACUGGACGUCCGCUCCGCCCUGGCAGCUCCUUCCCGGGCCCUGGGUGUGGACAGAGAGGGCCCGGCUGGCCUGGCUCCGGGAGGCAGGUGGAGCUCUCAGGGGCUGAGCAGGGGCUGAAAUGGCCUGGCGCCAGGGCCCCCCCACGGCCUCCCGUCACUCCUACACUGCAUCCUUGGUCCCUCCUGGGAGCAGUGGCUGCCCCACGGCUGGGGCGGGGCCUCGGGAGCUCAGCUGACCUGCAGCGCUGGGCUGGGCAGUGCAGCCCGAACUGACCUUCCGGCAGGUUCACCCAGGGAGGCGAGGCACGAGCUGACUCACGGCCCGGAAGUGCCCAGGUGCUGGCUGGGGGUGGAGCUCUGGCUCCUGGGCCCUCCCCCCACCCCUGCCCUUGGCAGGUGCAGCCACUGUGCCCGGCUCACUGCCGGCCUCUUCCUCUGCUCACUGCAGUGCCGCUGUCAUCCAGGGCCGUGAGCCUGGCCCUCCCCCUGGAGUGUUUACAGCCCCCGCGCCUGGGCCCCUUCAGUUCCCUGAGGGCUGCCUCUGGGGGCACAGACUCAGCUCACUGCCCCUCCCGCCUGUCUUUGGGGGGACACGGGCGGGUGGGUGUGAAUUUGACCUCUAAGUAUCUGGGGAGGGGUCUCCUCGUUUACAGGGCUUUUGUUUGCUGCUGGCUGGGGGACUGGCCCUGCUCCCUCUGCCUGGCGCCCCGCCCUCCCCCAGCAGGUACGGCUGGGGUCCUGGUGCGCCCUCUCCCCUCCCUGCCUUGCAGGGUGCACUAGGAGCUGCCCAGGGCCCUGCGUCCCGGCCAGAGGCAGCUGGCGGGGUGUCAGCCCCGGUCCAGGUUUCCAGACCUGAGGGUACGCAGCCCUGGUCGCCCCCUUCCCAUGGUACGAGGCGUGGGAGGGAAGACUCCGGGGCUACAAUAAAGGUUUGUCAGGGAGA